UGACGCUUAAUAAAGAAUGUGUGACGCAGCCCCCCCUCCCCUCUCUCUCUCUCUCUCUCUAGCUCUCACACACACGCACGCACCCACACACGCACGCACAUACGCGCACUCUCCAUCUCUCAUCUGCACGAGGGCAUGAUGGAUGUCGUAAAUCAGCUGGUGGCCCAGGGUCAGUUCAGAGUGCUGAAGGUCCCUCUAGGCUUCAUCAAGGUCUUACAAUGGUUCUUCGCAAUCUUCGCCUUCUCCACCUGCGGCAGUUAUUCUGGGUUGUUGCGAGUGGCAGUCGAGUGUAAGAACCGGACAGAGAGCGACCUGAACAUCGAGGUGGAGUUUGAGUACCCGUUCAGACUUCACCAGGAGUACUUUGAUGCCCCAACGUGCAAAGAUGGAGUCAAGAGGCGGGUUUUCCUCAUCGGGGACUAUUCUUCCUCGGCUGAAUUCUUCGUCACUAUUGCGGUCUUCGCCUUCCUCUACUCCACAGCCACUCUCUGCAUAUAUAUAUUCUUCUUUGAAAAGUACAAGGAGAACAACAAAGGACCGCUGAUUGACUUGGGGGUGACAGGGGUGUUCGCCUUCAUGUGGCUGGUGAGCUCGGCCGCUUGGGCCAAAGGCCUUUCCGAUGUGAAGACGGCGACCGAUCCAGACAAAGUCAUCACCAUGAUUGACGCCUGUAACGAGGAGGAGAACCGCUGCCGUGAAGUCCACGACCCGGUUAUGUCUGGAUUGAACACCUCUGUGGCGUUUGGAUUCAUUAAUCUGGUCCUGUGGGUGGGAAACCUGUGGUUUGUCUUCAAAGAGACGGGCAUCAUCGCCCCCUUCAUGCGCGCCCCGCCUCCUCAGGAGAAAGCUGCUCCUGAUGCCUACGGCCAGCAGGGGGUGUAUGAACCAGACCCCUACGCCAGCAACCAAGGAGGCUACCAACCCGAGUACAGCCAGCAAGGAUACAACCAGGAGGCAGAAUACGGUCAGCAGGGAGCGCCGACCUCCUUCUCCAAUCAGAUGUGAGCUGAAGGAGCAGGAAGUCUGGGAUGGAGCCAGCGGUGGGUCACCAGCAAUUUACCCACAGUGCAACACUCUUGCAGAGUUCUGAGUUUAACAAUAAUGUGCAAAUGAUGACAGAACAACGGUGAUGAGUAACAAGCUCCUAAAAGCGUCAUGAUGUUGAGAUUUUACGUUCAAUGAAUGUUUGUAAUGUGUAGAUAUCACUUUGAACACAAAAAUAUGCAUGAAAAUAGACAAAUAUUUCCAUUUGUUCUCAACUAAACCCUUGGAUUUGUGAACUUGAUCAGAUCCAGGACUAAAACCGGAUCAGAACCAACAACUAAUUGAUUGGUUAUACCAGCUUUGCCUGGUGGCUUCCCGGACGCUUGACUCGACCGUCGUGAAGGUUUUUAGGCGCCGUGUUGAUCUGGUCGGUUCCAUUUCUGCUGCGUCAUGACCACAACACUCAUCCUAACCCGGAACAGUCACGCUGAUUUAAAACUCUUUACCUCCCAAACCUAAGAAACGCAUGAAAGGGACGUACAAACGUAUCAAACUUCUCUGGUUGUUCAUAAGAUUUACCGAUGCUCCAGUUUACUCCUGAAACGUCUUGAUUUCUCCGUGCACACAUAGAACUUUGUACAUAGAUGUCAUGUCAAACUGCGGGCUUCAUUUGUCGUCACCCGUUUGCAGUCUGACACGAAGCCCUUGGCUCCCAGACCUUCAUUUGGACGUUUGCCUGCUGCCGUCGCUCAGAAGCCUCUGAAGGACUCGUGGUUCCUCCUCCGUUCCGUUUCCUGAAGCUGUUUUUGCUGUCAGAACCCUCCUGCGCAUGGUGACAUGUUUUCUGCUCGUGUUGCUCAGUAACCGAUGGUUAGUAAGUUGCACUUCCUGUUGCCUGUAAAGAGUUGAUGUGUGUGAUCAUUACUCGUCUAUUACUCUUGAUUUUCUUCCCAUCAUCCCUCUAACUUCUCACUCUGCCUUGUGACGUAUCUUCCUGUAAGCUGACGUGUGAAGCAGCAUCAGUAACCAUAGUAACGGUCUUGACAGUAAUGGUGAUGAUGAUGAUGAUGACGUGUGUGUGUGUUGCCAUAGCAACUAGCUAUCCCUCUAAGCUGUUUAUUUAAUGAAAAGUUUCAAUAAAGGACAAAGGAGCUCGUCUGUCUUCAUUAUUGCAUUUUGACAUAGAUGUAUGUUGGAUUCAUGGAUGGACUAAUAAAGUGAAUAUUACCAAAA